CCUCCAAGCGAAGACUCCAUUUUACUGACAUUCCUUACGAAAUAUCUCUACGAAAAUUGAACUCAAAACACAUAUUGGACGAUUGAUAAACUUAGAAACACGUUUUCCCACAGUGAAGUGUUUGUUGAUUGUAAAUUUUACAAAAAAAACGAAGGGUCUCCGCGCGUGCGUUCGUAAUUACGUAAUAUUUUUUUAUUCGUACGUCCUCUGAUCUUGAAGAUUUCCUAUAGUUAUACGGUGAGGUGAGGUGGAGACGAGUGAUGUCCUGGGGUGCGCGCUAGAUGCUCUCGGGGGCGAUCCUGUGCGCAGCGCCGGCGUCCUUGCGCGGGCUGGCCCCCGGGCUGCCAGCGGCGCGCCCGGCCCUCCUCGCCGCCCUCGUCAUGCACGCGCUACACGACCAUCGCAUCGACGAUGACUCCAGCUUCGUAGAGAAUGGUCUGCUUUCAUACGAAAAUCCGAACUACCACUUGGACCCGUCCCGAAUCGAAUCCGCGAUAUACACCGACCUGUACGACAUGCACGACGGCAAAACCACCCCCGACGAUUACGACAACUACCUGGACAACAGACGAGUCGAAGACGAGGCUUCGUCGCCACUAAACAAGACAAAUGAAAAGAACGGCUUCAUAACGCCCCCACAACAGAAUGGUGGUGAUGACUCCCCUCCUCCGGAGAAGGAGAGGGCUGACCAGGAAGACACGGAGAAGAGUCACGCGGCACCCGUUCCCCACUCAGCUGAAGGACCCAAUGAUGAUCUGUAUGCGAUACCAGUGAAGCUCAGACCGAAGAAAGAACCUCAGCUACCACCAGGAUGGGAAAAACACGAGGAUAACGACGGCCCAUACUAUUGGCACAUAAAGAGCGGCACAAUUCAAAGAGAGAUUCCUAAAAUGCCUCCGAUCGAAGCGAGGGAAUCCCGUAUUUCCAUGGUCAGAGACUGCUCGAAUCUCUCCGAAGUCAGCAAAUAUGAGGGUGCAGUGAUGACCUCGUCUGUGACCAGGAGUACAACAAGUGGAGCUCUCGACCAUGUCGAUCAAGAAGCUGAGAGGAAACGAAAAGAGGAGAUUUCUUACAAACGCCGCAGUUACCCAGCCCGUCCAGAACCAGACAACGGGCGUGCUGUACGAUUCUUCGUUCGUUCCCUCGGUUGGGUCGAGAUCUCAGAGUCGGAUCUGACCCCAGAACGAUCCAGUAGAGCAGUCAACAAAUGCAUCGUGGACCUCAGCUUGGGUCGAAAUGAUCUUUUAGAUCAAGUUGGUCGUUGGGGCGAUGGUAAGGAUCUGUUCAUGGAUCUAGAUGAUGGCGCCUUGAAACUGAUAGAUCCAGAGAGCCUGAACACGCUUCAUACACAGCCCAUUCACACUAUACGUGUUUGGGGAGUUGGAAGGGAUAAUGGGCGUGAGAGAGAUUUUGCAUAUGUGGCUCGGGAUCGCGCUACUCGCAAGCACAUGUGCCACGUGUUCCGAUGCGAGGCUCCUGCUCGUACCAUAGCCAAUGCACUCCGGGACAUAUGCAAGCGCAUCAUGAUUGAACGCUCCUUACAACCGCCGCCGCGCCCCACUGACUUACCUUCAACCAGGCGUCCGCGUCCAUUGUCAGUGGGCUGUGCGUUCCCGACUCCUAUGGAAGAGCCUCGCAAGACCGUCCGAGCGUUAUACCUGGGCAGCGCCGAGGUGUCCCGGGCUACCGGCAUGCGCGUGCUGAAUGAUGCCCUAGAGCGGCUGGCCGCGGCGCGACCUCCGUCCGCGUGGCGCCCCGUGCACGUCGCCGUGGCACCUUCUAUGAUCACCAUCACCGAGGAGGGGGAAACGACUCCGAUAGUGGAGUGCCGCGUCCGGUACCUGUCGUUUCUGGGCAUAGGGCGCGACGUCCGCCGCUGCGCCUUCAUCGUGCACACCGCCCAGGAGUUGUUCGUCGCGCACGCCUUCCACACCGAGCCCUCGUCGGGCGCGCUCUGCAAGACCAUCGAGGCCGCCUGCAAGCUGCGGUACCAGAAGUGUCUGGACGCGCACGGCGGGGCGGCGGCGGCGGGGGCGGGCGGCGCGGCGGGGGGCGAGGGGCGCGCGUCGCUCGGCCAGGCCCUCAAGUCUCUGGUGGGCUCGCUCACGGGCCGCCGCUCCUCCUGAGCGUCGCCGGACCUGCUGCCGUCGACAUCCGAAGUUUCUCCGUCGGCGCGGAGGGACGACGCAGCGCCACCGGCCGCAGCCAGCACUGAUUCCGCUUGCAACUAACUUAACUAAUAAAAUAAUAGUGUAAUUGUUCUAAAUGAAACCUUCCUUAGAUUUUCUUUAACAUCCAUAUAACUGCUGUGCGUGUAAACUUUGAAUUAUUGACGUGACAGCGAUUUGUGAUUUUAAUAGUCUUAAUUCGUUUGCUUUUGUUGUUUUAUUUGAAUAGUUUGAUGAGAGCACGAUUGAAAAUAUUUAUUCAUGUAACUAAGUCGAUCAUUAAUAUGGAGGUUGGAAGUAAGGAGCACCAUUUUGUAUAGGGGACAAGUUGAAACAGAAAGUUAUUGUUUGAAGACUUACCGAAAUAGGGCUAGUGUAGGAAGUGGAAAUGAUAUAAAUAUAGCAGUUUUAAAUAGAGUGUAGUGUGCUGAGUUGAAAACAUUUGAUAUUGGCGUGACAACGUCUUAUAAUUCGAUGGAGCCGGCUGCACGCACGAAAAAACAUGCAUCAUUGAGGCGUUCCAUUUAAGGCUUGAAGUGUAAGCGAGAGCGCGC